GCAGAGGGGAUGGAAGUGUUGAAGCUUGAAAGCGCACGCCAUAACGUACCUUGCGCGCAGAUGGGCACGGAAACCAAAUUCACCGAGGAUGAACUCAGGGGGAAAGAGUCCCGAAUCUUUCCUCAGGCGAAUUCUUUCGCUGGCAAUAAGGUGGGCGAUGAUGAUAUGCAGAUCUCAUCUCUGGGCACACCCUUGCAAAGACCCCAGGCUCCGCCAGAACAGCCCCAGCAUGCAUCAGAGAAAAGUUCGGGACCAGCUGCCACCCCUCCGCGGUGUCCUAGCGAGUUCGAGCUGCCCCUGCCCAUAACUACACAGGAUUGGGCCGCGGACUCGGACCCGAACACUGACCCGGAUGUGGAUACCGGUACAAAUAAGGAUACGACCAUGGCUGAUGGUUCGGGUACAAGCACGGGUACGGACGGAGAUAGUGUGCCAGGGACGGAUGGUAACGGGGAUGUGGGUGUAAUGGCGGUGGAUCCUUUGGUAGAAGCGGUUGCUUCGCAUGCAGACCCUUUGCACGAAAAGACCUCGUUGGCAAAGACCACGGCCGUAGCUACGGAUAUGGACACGCAUAUGACAAAUACGACAAAUACGACCAAGUCAUUGUCGGAAGGUGUGCAUGCGGAUGCAGAUAGGGAUGCGUCGGAUGAGGUGAGUGGUGUGAAUGAUGAUAAGUCGGACACGGAUACGCCCGCGAAAGCAGGCACACAUACCGCGGAGAAGUCCAAUGGAGAAAGUAGUCGCGCGCAGGGCUGGGUCCAGGCAAAGCUUAAACGUGGGAAACCGUUGAAUGCAGGUUCGUGUGCUAUGGAAGCCUUGAAAAAGUCCGGGGGGAAAGGGCCCGUUUUGUCCAAUAAAUGGGCCACAUUGUCCGAUUCUGGUGUGGGGUCUGGUACGGAGAGUGCAGGUGUGGGUGAUGGGGGUGUGGUGAGUGGUGAGACACAGAAAAACGAAGGCCAAGCACAACAGCAAGUACAACAGAAGCAGCAGCCACCACAGCAACAAAAUGCACAGGCACAACAAAUCCGACCACAAACACAGCAAGUACGACCACAACAACAACAAAUCCGACCACAGCAACAACAAAUCCGACCACAGCAACAAAUACGGCCGCAGCAACAGCAAAUCCGACCACAGUCUCAGCAGGUACGGCCACAGUCGCUGCAGGUACGGCAGCAACCGCAAGUAGUACGGCCCCAGCAGCAACGUCCACAACAACAGCAACAGCAACAGCAGCUCAGGAAGACGCAGGUACGUGCUGUAUGUUGA